AUGGUGGAGAUUAGAGCAUGGAACUAUUGUGGGUUUGGGAACCCGCAGGCAGUUCGAGAUCUUCGAGACAUGUUACGGAGAGAAGAUCCCCAUGCAGUUUUUAUAAGUGAAACAAAAUUGCAUGAAAAUAAACUAGAUAGAAUCAAAAGGAAAUGUGGGAUGAGAUCAUGCUUUGGAGUGAGUGCAGAAGGUAGAAGUGGAGGUUUAAUGAUGAUGUGGAGAGAAGAUAUCCCUCCAAAACUGAUGAGCUUUUCGAAAAACCAAUUUGAUAAGGAGAUCGAAUGGGAAGCAGAAGGAGCACAGGGCCGUAUCACAGGAUUCUAUGGUGAGUCAAAUGCAAAUAACAGGCAUGUGUCAUGGGAGUUGCUUAGGACAUUAUCACUCCAAUCAAACAAAGCAUGGAUGCGCUUUGGAAACUUCAAUGAAUUGACGUGGGAUAACAAGAAGAGUGAAAAGAGACUUAGGCCUAAACACCAAAUGAAAGCGUUCAAAGAAUCUGUGGAGGAUAGUGGUUUAACUGAUAUGGGUUUUAUUGGUAGGUGGUACUCAUUGAAAAGAGGAAGAAUAACUGCAACACUCAUUCGAGAGAGGCUAGACCGAGCCUUAGCAACUGAAAAGUGGUACACGUGUUUUCCCAUGGGAAUGGUAAAACACCUAACGGCAGUAGUAUACUAUCAUUGCCCACUGUUGAUAGAUACCGAGGGGUACAAAGGGAAAAGACGGAUAAGGAGACAAAGGAGACGACUCUUUUUUGAAGCUAUGUGGACAAAGGAUAACGAAAGUGAUGAUGUAGUCUAA